ACGGUAUUGGUUCCGUCCUUCCGAUACAAGCUGUGGCCUCAUCUGAAAUGAUAAUUUGCAUACAGGAUUCUCCACCGCCAUUGGUGGAUAUUCCCACCGAUGACGAAAAAGCCAAAGGCAAGAUGACCGAGCAAAGAGCAGCCGGUCAUGAGGGUUAUGAAAUACCCGCUCCGAGUAUGUCAGGUUUUGAGCAUUUGUCCAUUCCUGUGGCCGAUCAUUUUAGGGUUAAUUCCGGUCCUAGGUUGGAGAAGUUGUUUCCUGCCCCUAGUACCGACCCGAAUCGGAAGAGGCUAAUAACUUUCAAGGUGCCGGCCGACAUGAACAUCUUUGUCGGGGCUGGUCAGGAUGGCCAGCUAUUUAUACCCUCUGGUGUCCCAGGAAGACAGUCGAAAAAUGGAUGAAGUCAGUGAAUGAUGCCUUUUCAACGAGGCCCAGCAGGCAUUGAACCGGGCCUCCGUGCUUUAUCAUGCCAGCUUUCACCGGCUCAGGCAUGAAGUGGGCCGGCUCAAGGAGGAGCUUAAAAGCAAAAGUCAGGAGGUGGAUGAGCUCAUGGAUCUGUACGAGCAGAAAUUGCAAUACAUCUCGUCUCUCCCUGACCUUUCUAUCCUGAAGUCGGACUUAACAGUGGCUCGAAACGAAGCUGCCGAGGCUAAGCGGGAGCGCGAUCAGUUGGCAGAGAAGGUAAGGGCUUUCGAAGUUUUCAAUAAAUCUUUAACGGCCGAUGCUAACGCCCUUCCUUCUCAGGCCCGGGCUUAUGUUAGCCAGAUCGACCAACUUCGGGCAGAGCUGGAUGGGAUCAAGCUCGAGUUUAAUAUCCUCCACGAAAUGACCAUCGUUGCUGUGGCCGAACGUGAUGUUCUCAGGGAGCAGUUUCGGGCAUCGGUGGAACAAAUGAAUGGCCUUAGCUCAUCACUUGCUGCGGCCGAAGCUGAACGGGAUCGAUUGAACCGGGUCAUCACCGAUCUGCAAGCUGAAUAUGGAAAGGCUCUUGACCAGAUCUCGGGUUAUGAUGAUAUGUUAGAGCAGUACAAGGCCGAUGUAACUGCUGCCGAAAAGGCCAGUAAUCUUCGAGCUGAAUACGAGUGGUGCUUAUCCCGAAGGAAACCCCUCGAAGAAGUUCAAGCCACUGGCAUGGACUUAUCAGAUCUGAUCGAGGAAUCCAAGAAGAUUGAAGUGGAAGCAAAGGCUGCGUUCGACCCUAAGGAUUCCGAUAUCGACCUCGAGUCAGCCGAUGAAGAGACCGAGGGGUCGGGUGAAGAUUAGGUUCGGGGCCUUGCGUCCCUUCUUUUGUUUUUAUACUUUUGUUUUGAGGCCACUAGUCCGAGCCUUUGUAAAUCUACUUUAUGUAUGUAUGAAUGAAAAUCAAAAUUUGUAUUUGAUAUUUGCAAAGUAUUCCUCGGUUCAAUGUUUGUUCGGUUUAUGCCAUCAUUAUAAUUUGCCAUAUUGUUUCGGCUAGGAUAAAAUU